GGGACAGGAUGGAGCUCAGUUCACUGCCUGUGAUGCUCUUGCUGAUUUCACUCAUUCCAGAAACACAUGCUGAAGGGCAACCUAAAGCUGUGUUGUCCAUAAAGCCUGAUAAACAUGUGUACAUUGGUGAGAAUAUCACUCUCAAAUGUGACGUAGCGGGAGGAGACAGUAAGUGGAAAUACAUCUGGUUUAAGACUAAUUCCAGUUUCAACACAGAAGAAGGAAAAGACAGACGGUAUAAAGAAAGCAAAAAGCAGGAGUUCAGUAUCAAGUCUGUUAAAGACCCUGACAGUGGUAACUACACCUGCAAAGGACAUACUGGAGACUCUCAGAGCUCAGAGAUCAGUGAUGCAGUUACACUGACUGUAUCAGAGAGACCACAGACAGUACUGAGUGUAUCUCCACAGAGCUGGCUGACUGAAGGAGACUCAGUGACACUAAGCUGUGAGGUUACAGACUCCUCUACAGACUGGACAUUCAGCUGGUACACAGUUGUUCUCGAUAUAUCCAAUCCUAGUAAUAUCAAGACUAACCCAGUGCUCCUCUCAGACAGCAGCAGAGGAUCUGGUGGUUCCUACACUCUCAGUCCUGCUUCUGUUAAACACACAGGAGUUUAUAGGUGUAGAGGAAACAGAGGAGAACGACCCUUUAACACAAAAUACAGCUCUGGAAAGCCUCUAUGGAUCACUGGUGAAUCUCCUCCAGUCUCUCUGAUCAUCAAUCCCAGCAGAACUCAACACUUUACUAAUGACUCUCUCUCACUGAGCUGUGAGGACCAGAGUAAGUCUACUGGAUGGACAGUGAGACGAUACACACACAGUAAGAAUGAGUCAGAUUGUUCACACUGGGGAUCAGUUACAGGAUCUACAUGUAACAUCAGCUUCCUCUCCACAUCUUACACUGGAGUUUACUGGUGUGUGUCUGAAUCUGGAGAAAACAGUAAUCCUGUCAACAUCACAGUGCCUGAUGGUGAUGUGAUCCUGGAGAGUCCUGUCCAUCCUGUGACUGAGGGACAUCCUCUGACUCUACGCUGUUUAUAUCGUACACCUAAUGCCUCAAACCUCCGAGCUGAUUUCUAUAAAGAUGGAUCAGUUCUCCAGAAACAGACUACAGGAGAGAUGAUCAUCCAAACUGUCUCAAAGUCAGAUGAAGGUUUCUACCACUGUAAACACCCAGAGAGAGGAGAGUCACUGAAAAGCUGGGUCUCAGUCAGACUGCUGAUUUCACUCAUUCCAGAAACACAUGCUGAAGGGCAACCUAAAGCUGUGUUGUCCAUAAAGCCUGAUAAACAUGUGUACAUUGGUGAGAAUAUCACUCUCAAAUGUGACGUAGCGGGAGGAGACAGUAAGUGGAAAUACAUCUGGUUUAAGACUAAUUCCAGUUUCAACACAGAAGAAGGAAAAGACAGACGGUAUAAAGAAAGCAAAAAGCAGGAGUUCAGUAUCAAGUCUGUUAAAGACCCUGACAGUGGUAACUACACCUGCAAAGGACAUACUGGAGACUCUCAGAGCUCAGAGAUCAGUGAUGCAGUUACACUGACUGUAUCAGGUGAAUCUCCUCCAGUCUCUCUGAUCAUCAAUCCCAGCAGAACUCAACACUUUACUAAUGACUCUCUCUCACUGAGCUGUGAGGACCAGAGUAAGUCUACUGGAUGGACAGUGAGACGAUACGCACACAGUAAGAAUGAGUCAGAUUGUUCACACUGGGGAUCAGUUACAGGAUCUACAUGUAACAUCAGCUUCCUCUCCACAUCUUACACUGGAGUUUACUGGUGUGUGUCUGAAUCUGGAGAAAACAGUAAUCCUGUCAACAUCACAGUGCCUGAUGGUGAUGUGAUCCUGGAGAGUCCUGUCCAUCCUGUGACUGAGGGACAUCCUCUGACUCUACGCUGUUUAUAUCGUACACCUAAUGCCUCAAACCUCCGAGCUGAUUUCUAUAAAGAUGGAUCAGUUCUCCAGAAACAGACUACAGGAGAGAUGAUCAUCCAAACUGUCUCAAAGUCAGACGAAGGUUUCUACCAGUGUAAACAUUCACAGAGUAGAAAGUCACUGAAAAGCUGGGUCUCAGUCAGACGUUCUAGGUCCACUAGUACAACCUUAGCUUUUAUACUAAGUUUGGCAUUUCUGAUCAUUUUAUUAAUCUUCCUGCUGGGGUUCUGCAAAAUAAAGAAAGAAAAGCAGAAAACCAAUCAGACAUCAGAACAGAAUCAGAACCAGUCAGGAGCUGAAGACUCUCAGUCAGGAAACACACCACUUCAGGCUGGUGAAGCUGCAGCUGAGAGCAACGAAGCCACUUACGCGCAGGUCAUAAAGAAAAAGAAGGCUGAGAGGAACAAUGAUCUUGAUGGGGAGCUCAGUGGUAGUGAUGUGACUUAUGCUCAACUUGAAGUAAAAGCAAAGAAGUCAUCUAUGCGAGAAAUAGAAAAAGCCAGUGUGGAUGCUGAUACUUUAUACUCAGAAGUGAAGCUGAACAACAAGUGAGUCAUGUGUCGGUGUGUGGAGCUGAUGGAGCUGUGGUUAUAUGACAUGUUAUUGCUGUUACUUCUGUUUUCUUUUGCUUAUGAGCACAUUCUUUCACCUAUCCCCCACAUAUGUAGGCACAUACCUGCAUUAUUAACAAUAAUAACCUAUUGCAUUAUUUAGUGCAGUCCAUCAUGGUACACAUGAAAACAUGUUUGGCCAGAUGCAAAACCUAGAAAAAAUAGAAGAUGAACAGAAGACCAACGUCUUUUGGACUACAGAUUUAGCAAUGUUUUAAAUGCUUUAGUGAAUGCCUUCUAGACUGGAUACAUGCAGUCUGUUCUUCACUGUCCUGCUGUUUCUUUAAGCAAGCUUCAGCUUAUCCUUAGCACCAGGAAAGUCACAGCAUAUUACCUUCAUACUUACACUAAAUUGAUUGCCUAUUAAAUUCUACAUUGACUAAUGUCAUUCUUAUACCAUUUAAAGUUCAUAUCUUGGUUUUUUUGUAGCAUAUAAGAAAAAAAUCUUAAAAUGUGGAUAUAUAUAUAACUGUAUACUUCAAAAUCCUUUUAUUAUAAAAGCUAUGCUUAUUGACUUAUUUUAGCACUG